AUGGAUUCCUCCACUGGAACCACACCACAAACGCAAUCCGAAUCCCAAUCUCAAAGCCAUUCUGAACCCAAUUCAAAUUCUGAUUCAAGUGAUUCAAAUCCCGACACCAAAAUUGCCAAGAAUGUUGUCAUCGCUACAACAGACCAACCAUCUUCUGCUAGAACUCCAUCUACGAUGACAUCGUCCCGACCACCAAGACCCAAAAAGAGAGUGAGGCAAAGUACAUCCACAGGUUUGAGGGAGCGUUCAAUGGUAUGGGAGCACUAUGACAAGGUUGACAAACCACUAUAUGAGAUCAAAGAUGGAAAGAAGGUCCAGGUUGGGACUACCAUGCGGGCCAAGUGCAGGUAUUGCUCUACAGACCUUACUUGUAAUCCAUACGAUAAUGGUACCAGCAGUUUAAAGAGGCAUAUAGAGGUUGUGUGUAAAAAAUACCCUGGUAGGAUAGACCUAGAAGAGUUUCAGCAAGUGUUUGUAGCUAGUGGGAACUUGAAUGAACCUUCUUUAACUAUGAGGGCAUUCAUUCAAGAUGCUUGCAUAAGAGCUUGUGUUGAGAUGAUAGUUAUAGACGAGCUGCCAUUUAGUCACCCGGAGAAGGAAGGGUUUCAAAGGUUUUUUUCCUUAGCACCCGCCGCCACCAACGAGCUUGGGGCAAGCCGAUUUUCAAAGCCCAGAAGCCUCACCACUGACCCGACAUUGGAGGAACCUUUAAGUGCCAUCACCGGAGCUCAAAGCACUGGGUUUCAACGUUCUCCAAUAUCCAGCUCAAAGCAAGCUAAACCACCUUCAAAAAUGGAAUCAGUACCUCAAAAACCUCCAACCCUCAAAACCCCAAAAUCCGGCGCUGCCCCGAAACGUCACACGCGCCGCCGUUAUCGCGUGAAAGAAUUGAGGCUUGUGGAAUCUGCGUUUUUGGAGUUUUGGGAGAGAAGAGCUGCUGGGCCAGUUAAGUCGAUGUUGAGGAAUGGGAGGUUGCUAGAAAAAUGCCGACUUGAAUGGGAAGUCGAGAGAGUAUUGACUGUUUCGGUGGAUAAUGCAUCUGCAAACAAAGUUGCUGUCGAUUACAUUAGGAACAAGAUGCUGGCUUGGAAGAAACCGCCUGUUUUAGGAGGCAAAUGGCUUCAUGUGAGGUGUUUAGCUCACAUUCUGAACUUGAUUGUGAAAUCAAGGUUAAGAAUGAUGGAUAAGUAUGUGGUUGCGAUUAGAAACGCAGUUCGUUAUGUUAGGAGUUCAUCUACAAGGCUUGAUGUUUUUAAGCAAUGUGUUGCCAUAGAACAAUUGGAUUGCAAGAAGGUCUGCAUAUUGGAUGUGCCAACUCGGUGGAAUUCCACAUUCUUAAUGUUGGAUGUAGCCCUUGAGCUUCGGAAAGCAUUUGAUCACAUGGCGGAAGAUGAAGACUUGAAAUACCAAUACCGAAGUUAUUUUGAUGAGGAUGAAGUUGAGGAUGAUGACUGGUUAGAAGUAGCUGAAACAGAAGCUGCAACAAGGCCAAAAAAGAACAUAAAAAGGGUAGGGCCACCCGUCGGAACUGAUUGGGAAAGAGCUAUUGUUUUUGUGAAUUUCCUCAAGGUAUUCUAUGAUGUGACAAUGAGGAUAUCGGCCACAAACAGUCCCACAGGUCAGAAAGCAUUCCAUGAUAUCGUCACAAUUGAAGCUGAGAUUAACGACCUCUUCGACCGGCCUGAGAUGUGUAUUGGAAGCAAUACAGAAAAGAUCUUGUUGGAUAUGGCAGUGAAGAUGAGGAGCAAGUUUAAAAAAUAUUUUGCAAGCCUUGAUGACAUGAAUCACUUGCUUUUGGUGGCUUUGGGGUUAGAUCCUCGAUACAAGCUUCGCAAUUUUGAGAGGGUAUGUAGAAUAUGGCUUAAACUUGAUUCUGCAUCAAUCAAGGGAAGGUCUGCUGAGCUGAAGGAAUUGUUGGUGAACCUGACGGACUUGUAUUCAUCGGCAUUGGGCACCAAAAAGUCGAAACCAAGUGGUAAUGAGGCCAAGAAACAUGCAGCAAGUGGUACCGGCAGCUCUAGCACAAAGAGUUCAAGAACCCAAAUUAGUGGGAAGAUGGCUGCCAUGCAAGCUGAUUGGAAACAAGAGUUGGAAGACUCAUAUCAUACUGUAAUUUCACACGAGGUGGAUAGGUACUUGCUGGAUCCUAUUGAAGACCCUCCAGAACAUGAAGAUUGGAAGCUUCUUGUGUGGUGGAAGCUUAAUGGUGCUAAGUAG